AUGGUUGGCGGUCUUUACCUUUGUCUCUUUCCUUGCUUUUGGAUAAAUGUAACUGAACUGCUAGACCAAAAAAAAAGAGUUAAUGAGAUAUAUGCAAAAAGACGUAUAGCCCUUAGAGCCGCCAGCAAUCGGUUCAAUGGGUUUCCCAGAGUUGUCCCUAUGACUAUAGGAGUGCUAGAUUAUAUAAAGCUCAGAGAAGAACAUGUCGAGUUUAUCCGGGAUGCUUUUUAUGGAGAAUGUCAGGUAACCAUUGGGAUCACCAAGGACAAGUUGUUAGAGCAGUUUCUUGCUCUUAAGGGUGUAAACCUCUUUAUCUCUGCACAUUAA